UUAUCAAUUUCUUCUAGAUAUAUAAUAUUGUGUAGAUAGAUAUUGUGUACAUUUCUAAAAGUAACUUCGGCUGAUUAUAUACUAUCGUCACACAAAAUGUUAACAAUAGAUAUUGGCACAAUGAGAAAUUUGCUACUUAUAUUAUGUGCGAUAGCACUUAGUACAGCUGAGCUGCAAGAAGACACUCAACCAAGAAAAUUCCCAGAUGGAUUUCUAUUUGGAUCUGCAACUUCUGCGUAUCAAAUAGAAGGCGCUUGGAAUGUUGAUGGAAAAUCUGAAAGUAUUUGGGAUCACAUUACUCAUAGAAUACCUUGCGUUUUAAGUAAUUGUGACACAGGCGAUGUUGCUGCUAAUUCUUAUUAUUUAUACAAAAGAGACGUGGAAAUGAUGAGAGAACUUGGCUUAGAUUUCUACAGAUUUUCGAUUUCAUGGACGAGAAUUCUCCCAACCGGCUUUCCUGACAAAAUAAAUGAAGCUGGAAAGAACUACUACAAUAACUUAAUCGAUGAAAUGCUAAAAUAUAACAUAACGCCUAUGGUAACCUUAUAUCAUGGAGAUUUGCCUCAGAAAUUACAACAGAUUGGUGGAUGGACAAAUCCUGAAGUAUCUAACUGGUUUUCUGACUACGCACGAGUUGCUUUUGAAUUAUUUGGUGACAGAGUCAAGUAUUGGUUUACUAUAAAUGAACCGAAGGAGACCUGCAAUCAGGAUUUUGCGACUGGCUUUAAGGACUUAAGCGGGAUCGCUGAUUAUCUUUGCGCAAAACAUGUUCUUGUAGCGCAUGGAAAAGCUUAUGAAAUAUAUAACAAUGAGUUUAGAGCUUCGCAAAAUGGAAAUGUUGGCAUAGUAUUAAGUGCUAUGUGGUACGAACCAGAAUCAGACAAAGAUAUUGAGGCUGCUGAGGAUGCUGCGAUGUUUGAAUGGGGUCAAUUUAUUCACCCAAUAUUCUCGGAGACCGGUGAUUUUCCAAAUAUAAUGAAAGAGAGAAUAGCAAACAGAAGUGCUGAGCAGGGAUUUCCCAGUUCAAGAUUACCAAAAUUUUCUCCUGAGGAAGUGGCAUUGGUUAAAGGUAGUGCCGACUUUUGUGGACUUAAUCAUUACUAUACCUUCAUAACUUAUAGAAACGAGUCAAUUAAUGGACUUUAUGAAUCACCUUCAUAUCACGAUGAUAUGAAUGUUAUAACAUAUACACCCAACGAUUGGAAGAACACAGAAUCAGCAUCAACAAAUGUGCCUUGGGGCUUUUAUAAACUUUUAACUAAAAUUAGAAAUGAUUAUGGUAAUCCUCCAACUUAUAUUACUGAGAAUGGAUUUGAUAGUAUGGCUGACGGUAUAGUUGAUGAUAAUAGAGUGUCUUAUUAUAAAUCAUAUCUGAAUGCUAUGCUAGAUGCUAUUUCUGAAGGAUCAGAUAUCAGAUUGUAUACCGCAUGGAGUCUCAUGGAUAACUUUGAAUGGGGAACUGGCUAUAAGUCAAAAUAUGGGCUUUACGAAGUGAACUACACGAGUGGAAAGUUUGAACGUGUUCCACGUAAGUCGGCCUAUUUCUACAGGAACGUCCUAAAAACGCGCGUUCUAGAUAUUAAUUUCGAGCCUGAUAUGUCUGUUCCGAUCUGUGAAGAAAAUUGAUUAAUUUAUCAUAAUAAAA